AUGGGAAUUUUCACAGUCAAAGUGGCGUACAAAGCUCUUAGCAACGGAGCAAGCGAUCAUCAAAGCAAAAACUUGAAUUCUCCAUCUUUUGGAACGCUCCGGCAUCGCAUAAGGCAAAAAACAACUGCUUGGAGGAUCAUGGAUGGAAGAUUGGCUACGUGUGAUAAUCUUCUGAAGAGGCAGGUUUCAGUCCCGAUCACGGAGACAGUUUGCGCCCUCUGUAAGCUGCAGCUCGAAGACACAAAUCAUCUCUUCUUUUCCUGCCAAAAGACCACUGAAAUCUGGUACGAAGUACUCCUUUGGCUCGGCAAGCAGUUGGCACUACCAUCCAAUGCGAAAGACCACCUUUUCAACCUUCACAAAUCUUGGGUGCAAGAAAGACGUAAAAUUUCUUUCCGGAGUUCGGAUUUAUGUUGCAUGGGUGCAUCUGGAAUGGAAGGAAUGAUAGCAGAUUUGACCAAGGAAGUUGGGUAA